AAAUAAUCUAGUUUUCUUACGCCGAGGAUCGCGGCAGAACUUUGCUGAGUUAUACUUAUAAUACCUCAAAACACGUCUUUAACCGUUCUCACAUUUCUCACACACAGCAGAUGAAGCCCAUUUUUCAAGUAUCAACAACCAAUAAGGCAAAUAAUUAAUCCUCUUCAUCAGAAGAACAGAAGAAUACUAGAUCCAUUAUUUUCUUGUUAAAAAAUGCAGCUUUUUCACAAACCCAGCAAGGGUCAGUCUCUGAUUAAUUCCAUAUUGGUCUCUUCAUCGUUCUGUGCCCUUUAUCUCAUUGUGUCAGUGCUUCUUUUGGGGCCUUCAAAGCUAGUUCAUGUGAAUAGGUCAUCAUCACAAGAUGUGUCCACAACACCAACCACCCUUGAUCACCUUGUGUUUGGAAUUGCUUCAAGCAAGAUUUCUUGGUUCAAGAGGAAGGACUACGUGAAGCUGUGGUGGAACAACAACAACAACAACAACAACAACAAAACAAUGAAAGGGUGUGUGUUUUUGGAUAGUCUCUCGGAUGAAGACAAUGGUAGGAAUGAGAAUGACACUUCUCUUCCUCCUCUCUGUGUCUCUCAGGACACUUCAAGGUUUCGUUUCACUCACAAGGGUGGUCUGCGAUCGGCGAUUCGCGUGGCGCGUGUUGUUGGGGAGACAGUGGCAAUGUACAAUGAUUCGGAGGUGAGGUGGUAUGUUUUUGGAGAUGAUGACACGGUUUUCUUCCCGGAGAAUGUGGUGAAGAUGCUUUCCAAGUAUGAUCAUGAGCUUUGGUACUACAUUGGUGCACACUCUGAGGUUUAUGAGCAGAAUAGGGUGUUUGGUUUUGGAAUGGCUUUUGGAGGUGCAGGUUUUGCUAUCAGCUCCUCUCUGGCUAAGGUCUUGGCCAAGGUUUUUGAUUCUUGUAUUGAAAGGUACCCUCAUCUCUAUGGAAGUGAUGGCAGGGUGUACUCUUGCUUGGCAGAACUUGGGGUAGGAUUAACACAUGAACCCGGUUUUCACCAGGUAGAUUUAAAGGGAAACACCUUUGGCAUAUUGGCGGCACAUCCUUUAACUCCUCUGUUGUCCCUGCAUCAUCCUGAUUACACUGAUCCAAUCUUUCCAAACAUGACAACUAAACAAGCUCUGAAGCAUUUGUUUGAAGCUGCAAAUGUGGAUUCCCAGAGGAUGCUGCAACAAGCAAUAUGCUAUGACAGAUGGUUUUCAUGGACAGUUUCAGUGUCAUGGGGCUAUGCUGUUCAGGUUUUCCCAAACCAUAUGCUUUUGCCGGAUGUUCUGAAGGUGCAAGAGACAUUCAAGCAGUGGAGGAAGGGAAACAUGUUGGCAAAAUCAUACACUUUCAACACAAGAGAACUUCACCCUGACCCUUGUAAAAGAUCCACUGUUUUCUUUCUAGACAAUGUGUCUUCUGGCAAGGAUGGCAUCAUAAGCAGUUACAAGAAAUCCUUUCAGAAUUGCUCGAUCGAUGAUGACGUAUCGCCGAAGAAACUGGAAGUGAUCAAAGUGGUCACAAAUAAGCUAGACCUUGACAUCAAACAGUUGCGUGCUCCAAGAAGGCACUGUUGUGAUGUGUUGCCCUCUACUGCACGGGACCAAAUGGAAAUUGCAAUCAGAGAAUGCAAAGAUGAAGAAUUGGUUUACAUGCACUGACAGAAGGGUUGCCUUUGACCAAAUGUUGGUUCUUUUAUUCUUAAUAUAAUGUACCAAGGAUCAUGUAAUUGAUGCUUGAAGAGAAUACAGAUAGGUUAAUUAGUAGCUUUUACCCCCGACUUAUUGUAUCUAUUGAGUGUAAAAAGUGCGAAAGUAAAUCAAUUAGUUUGUGAUUAAGUAUUUUUCUGCAUCCCCAUUAACUAAUUGAGGGACAUAGUUUAUGAUUAAGUAUUUUACUUCCGACUCAUGUAGGUUUUGGAAAAACUCGAACUUUAAUCUUUCGUCGGUGUAUGUGCAGAUACAACCAAUGAGAUAGUAUUUGCACUAAGAGUAUUUACAAAGGUAUCAAGGAAUGUAUCACAAUUAUUGAGAAUAAAUGAACUCAAUGAAUUCCAACUUGGACA